AUGUUGCCUUUUCGCUACUUCGUUUUCACUCUCCUGGCCAUCCUGGGCUGGACAAGUACAAGCUUCUGUCUACCUACACAAACCGCCGAAGCUCAGCCCGCAUCUACACUAUCGCACGCUCUUCCCGAUACAACGGACAUGCCUCUAGAAGACAGACAAUACAGAGACAACUCCAACCCAUCUGUCUUCAACCCUCCCGUCACCGCAGCGCCCGAUCAAGCCGAGAAGUUGGCGAGCAUGGGCUGGGCGCAGACAACUUACUACGAAUGCAAGACGAGAGACGGCAAGGAACGUUGCGGCUGGCAUAUCCCUGUGUACAAGGCCGCUGCUCAGGGUCGACGAGAAGAGAUUGUGGGGUGGAAGGUUGUUGUUGGAAUCGCUCUGGGAUUGGCCAUGUUGCUGUCUCGAGCAUGGUGGUGA